UGCAGUUGUUCUGAAACAAGUCUUUCAACUGGAAAUUCCAGUAGAGAUAACUUUCAACCAGUAAUACAAAGCUAAAAAUAUUAUUUAUAUUUUAAAUUGCGUCGCCAAAUAUUCAACCCGAACCCGAUCCGACCCUAGGGUCGGGUUGCAGAUCUCUAUCGUAGAGCCAUCUGAUAUAACAAUAUGCCUGGGUUUGAUAAUAAAAAAUUUAAGCACUCUUGUGAAAGACAAAGUUUGUAGUUAGUUGAAAGAUAAAGUUUUGUAAACUUUAUAUUAAGAUGAUUUCCAUUUAGUAAGGUUUCUAUCUUAUACUGAGAUUACUCUUCCUGGAAUAACAGUUAAUCAAUUUUGUGUCGUCGCUAUACAGUUUCACCUAUGAUAAACAAGAGGAAUGGUUUGUUCAGACUGAGAUAAUCAGCUUACUCUUGUUUUUAUUCCAAAAACAUUCAUAACAAUUGGUAAAUAUCAAGAUGUACUCUACUUUACCUGUUUCAAACGAUUUUUUACUUGAGAAUAGUAAAAAAGAUUCUUAUACUUCGGAAGAUUUCUAGAAAACCUUUUCAAAAAUCAAAGUAUUAUCUGUUGAUUUUUAAAGCUUUUAUCGAACUGCAUAGUAUUGAGCAGUUAAAAUAGGGUACAUCUUUAACUUAAAAAUGGGAUAUUUUACCUAAUAUACGUUUUCGUUAGGUUUCUGGAGCUGUUUUGACCCAGGCGUCAAAAAAAAUCUAGUAUCGCCCGAUUCAUCAAGAUUACUAGAUUUUUACUCGAUUGCAACUAUUGGGUAACAACAGUGGAAAUCUAGCAAUCGCCUGAUUGCUAGAUUUCUUCUAGUUGCAACUAUCAGUUUAUCACCCGAUAAUCGAUCGAUUUAACUAUUGCUAGUUACACACGCAGACACAUCUGGUUAAAAGUCUCUUUUCCAACUAGUAAUCUAGAUGGCAACUAGUCAUGUAUCGCCCGAUUACAGAUGAAAUGUAUCUAGAUUUUACCCAUAGGUGAUGUUUGCUUAGAUGAAAAACAAAUGUUGCCACGAGGUUCAGCAUAGUCGAUAAUCUAUGUUUCCAUGUGUUUGUAAGAUUCCCAGGCUUAAUGGUAAAGCAAUCAUAAGGCUUUGUGGAAAACAUCGGGCUCAUCUGGGCAAAGCAAAAUGAAGCUUUCGCUUAGAUCUGGUUUUGUCGAGGACGCUUUGGAGUAUUUAUCUAAAAAAAACAGUAGAUUAUUAUGUCAGUCUCCUGAGAUCCGAGGCGCUUUUCCAAAGAUUCUCUGAAAAACCGACCUUUAAAAGAUUUUAAAAACCAACUUUUCUUGUGAAAAGUUAGCUACAGCUCUCUAUCUGUGAUUGCUGAAAAUCGCAGGACUCUAGCACUUAUCGUUGCCGAAUAAUUAAAGAAACAACUAUCUGCCUCCUUUUUGGCGACUAUAAUAGCUCAAAUGGUGUUCAUUGAGAAAGACUUGUGUACCAGAAGCAAAGGUUACGUAGUUGUAUUUACUUUCACGUAUACUAUAUUAAAAAAAACAUAACAGCACCGAACGCUAUGCACAUUUUGUUUUUUGCUUAAGAACAAUCUGUUUGAAUUGAUAUUUGUUGGGUCCUGCUCAGUCUUCUCUGCUAAAUAAUGUUGAAUAAUUUAGACUCUAUUUUCUGCAAAUAGUGAAGUUUGUAUGCAUUCAAAAUUGAUUCGUACUUUGAAUUGUUUUGUUUAGCCUGUAGCGUCAUAUUGUUUCUGGAGAAAAUAUGCAUCAUUUGAAUUAUGUUUUCAAACAGCAUAUAUUGAUUUUAAAUAAAUAUGCACAAAACAAACAUAUGUUAGACGUUCUAUGAUCUUACAAAAAAAAGUCAAAAAUCAAUUCAUUCGUUGACAAACCUAUAUUGAAUCGGUAUUUCCCCUGACUCAUUACAGGAAGAACACAAUGAUUUAGUAAAUUAUUGCGUAAUAGCAGAAAUUAACUGUAUAUAUUACCCAACUAUCAGUGUAGUAAACAACAAUCUCGACUGUUAACUAUUGAUUAAAUCAUUGUAUAGGCAAUGGAACAGCUAAUUUUUAUAAUUGAAAUUAUUUUGCUGGGGCAAUGUUAUACCAGUACGUAUUAAUUAAAAAUUUUCUCUAUAAGAGGUAUUGAAGGUCUAAUAAAAAUUGAGUCUCUUAUUGACUUUAGCCAAUGAUCAAAUUCAAAGUCGUCAUUUUUUUCAAUUUGGCAUAAUGAUUUUAUCUGAAACACAUCGUAAUCCACUUGACUACAAUGAUUAUGGGUGCCACUGCGGCGCUAAUCGUUAUUCAAUUCAACAAGAGCCAUUAGAUGAUGUUGACAAAUGUUGUCAACAACAUGAUCUGUGUUAUAAACAGUGUACAAAUGUUCAGAUUCCCCAACCAAGUAGAUAUGUUUACAAAGCAACGGUAGUUCUCAAUGAUAUAGUGUGCAAAGAUGAUCAGAACACAUGUGGUUAUAAAAUAUGCAUGUGUGAUAAACAAGCGGCAGAAUGUUUUGGAAAAUCGAAAUAUAAUGCAGAAUAUAAAAAUUAUGAUAUUAAAAAAUGUACACCAUGA